AUGCAUCCCCACGCCUUGCCUGCAGCCGCUGCGCCAGCUGCCAACCAUCGGACGGCCAACGCUCGAAGGGCAAUGGGCUAUGGGAGGAGGAGAUGGUCCGCCACGACAACGCCAAUCGCAACGUCCCCCGCCCAGCAGAAUGCGCUCACCAUGACGGUAUGCGGUACUUUGCACUGAUGGUUAUUGCAUGCACAAGACAUCCUGCCUUUUCUGCAAGGUCUGCACCUCCAAUGUGUCCCACGGCAUCCGCCUUGACCCUCCCCCCAACGCAACACGCCACUACCAUACAGUGGAGUGCUUUGGCUUUGCACAAGAGGCGCGGCCGCCAGGGCAGCCUGAGCCGGCCAGCCAAUGUGAGGUCAAGAAGGUGAUCACGGAGUGGAGACAACACGAAAAGAGCCGCAAAGUAAGAGUGGGUGGGGGAGAGACGAGAGACAAGCUUGACACGGUGACACCAUUGAUUCAGGCUCUAUUCGCGUUGCCCUAUCGGUCGCCGCCCUUGUCUACUGCCCAUCGACAGCCAGCGAAAGGUCAUGGGAGAAGUGUCGGCGGAGACAGUAGCGAAGGGGCGAGACGUGACGCUGAACGUGUCGACAUACUUCAGAGUUGGGACGAGUCGGUGCCCGAUGCAGUGCAGAGGGCCAACAGGUGGGCGGCGCAGCAGGCGGCACGUGACCUGGUCACAGCUUACCGUGACUGUUUUCAGGUGCGAUGGAGAGUGGGACCGCCAUGUCAACGAGUGGGCUGCCCUGCGCUUCACAGUGAGGCCACUCACAGCCUUCACUUGCGAGAAAUGACCGCGCCUCUCUGUGGUGCAUACAGGUGUAUCGCCAGCUAUGUGAGCUGCAUGCUCUCAGCCGUCCCUCUGGACAGCAGGAAAGAGACACAGAAGGGGAUGAUCGAGACGAAGCAUGGAUUGAGGAACUGUACAAAGGCAAUGCCAAGCAGUUUAGCAGCCUUGAUCGUCUGGCCGGCGGACUCUUCAGGUGAGGAGUGAAGAUGUUGGCCUUCCUACGCACAAAUUGGAGUGCUUUGGCUUUGCUGCUGUGCAGUGGCGGCCAUGAUAACGGACAUCGAGACAUGACACCUUUCGCAACGCCCUUCUUCUUCUCGCCCACUUCGUGCACCCUCAGCCCCCGACCGAUGCUCCUCUCACUCCCUCUCAGAUGCCAACAACCCAGCAGCCUUUCUGCGUCUCCGACAUCUCCCCCGAUGCGCUGCGUCGCCGAAGGGCAGGAGCAAAAGACCGUUAAUCCGCCUUUCGCGCCCAUAUCGGCUGCAGAAGGCGCCUUCGACGAAUUGCAGGGUGACGAAGCAUGGGAAAUAGCAGACGACCACCCUGGAGCUGGCCCUGUCGCGGGUUCGGAAGGGGAUGACAGUCAACGUGCACGACAAACGACGGGUAUUUCGGUGCCUUCGGUACAAGUCCCUGACGCGUGGGAGGACAUUGAAGUGAUGGACGAGCCGACACCCUCCCAUGUUGAUGGGAACAGGGGGCAUCCAGACGCCCCGCACUCCAACGAGCUACCACUUCCCAGCUGUCGACGCAGCCCUCGAUCCCAGUGUGCGGCCACGUCAUCGACGGAGCCGCAACCUCCUGCCUCAUCUGUGUGGCCCCACCAUGCACCUCUGGCCUUGGGUCAUAUCAACUCGAGAUCGAGAGCGAGACAGUCGCCCCCUCUCGGCGAAGCAACGAGCCCCCCUCUCUUCAGCUCGGCCCACACCGCGACACAUGCGGGCCUUUCUUCAACCGGGACUUUCCUGGACUUGGGUGCCGCUCCCGGCGGCUUCUCGAGUCAGCUGUGUAGGUGGGGCUGGAGAGGGAUUGGCGUCAGCAUGCCUGUCGAGCAAGGAGGGCUGCCAAUGCUGUUCACGCCCAGCGGCGACCCGGAAAAGUACCGGGUCAUCUAUGACGACUUGGUUGGCGGGGCCUUAGAGGGCGGUGAGGACCCUCUGGGUAUUGCUAGUCGCCCUCCAAUCCUCCGAUCAUCGAAUAGGGGUGAGCAGCCGCACGCGUGCUUCUCCCUAGUGGUUAUGGGCGCCGGUUGGGAAGAGGGAUGGGGAGGGGACACACAGUGGGGUGCGUCGAGCCCUUUGUUGCUUCUGGCCCAGCUGUAUCUGGCCCUCACGUACUUGACAGGUAAACACAAGGGCUGUGAGGCGAGACGCGACUCAUCGUCACUUGUCUGGUCCAGAGGGUGGUGUUUUGGUGGUGUCGUUUAGCGGUCUUCCUCGACUUCGCUCUUUGUCUGUCCUGUGGCACUUGCAUCGCAUUUUUGGCUGUUCGAAUGUCCGCGCGUACAAGCCCAACACCAGAUUCGGGAUGGCGUCAGGAGAAGCCUUUGCUGUGGCCCUCCAUGCCCCGUCGCCGACUGACCUAGAGAGACAGCAGAUGAGAGACUUCUGCCGGUACAACCACGUGCAUGCAGCCAUCUGGAAAAUGGAACAUUCCUGUUUCUUUUCUUUCUUGUCUCAGGGCCCUUCUCGUGAGGGCUGCGUCGUAUCGGCAAGAGCAAAUCACUGGUUUUCUCCGUCCGUGGUGGCUCGACGCCCACCGUCUUCCUGACUCAGAUGCAGUAGUGGCGAGCCACUUGCCGCUGCCCCCACACGUGACGGUCAAGCAUCUUUGCGCGUUCGUCGAGGCACUAGCAGGGGACCUCAAGCCCCUCUGGAGCAAACAGGUGGGCAGAGAGGGAGACGGUGGAUCUGUCGGUAAGAGACACCUUCUCUUUUCAUUUUUUGUCAGGUUGCUGCACUGAAGGCCAGCUUCAACCUGGCAUCGUCGUCCGCCGGGCACAAGCAGUCAGCCCCCCACAGUACCCCCAGCGAAGCUGCCACGCCUCGCGAGUGGUGGCCUGUCAAGAGGGGCAGGCGGAUGAGGCCUGGGCAGUGGAAGCCGGGCAGGAAUGCCCAAUUUCAGCAGUGAAUUUCAUUAAAACAAGGCAGAGACCUAUAUAUCUCUUUCUGCAGAGAUCUAUGGGUCUCUUGUCAUGAGGUGGCAUAACAUUUCUCGAUGUGGAACAGACAUGAACCUUUGAUCCUUGCCAGCUACACGUCAAUCGACAAAGGUGCAUACACAGCACACGCCGACAUUCAACGCAACCUCGUCCCUGUCGUUCUGGACACGAUAGCAAUGUCACA